AUUGCCUCAACGUGGGCCCCGCAAUUAUCAGCAGCCACUCUUGAGCUCGAGAAUCCCUUUCCGCGAAUUUGAGCUCACUGGGGAACGAUUAUCUGGUAAAUCUACAUUCCCGAGGAAUUUUGAGGUAAAAUAUCCUUUCUCCAAAUAUAUUUCGGUAUAUUACCGCCAUCUCUCUCCCUCUGUUUAGUGUUUCCCCGCUUUUCAGAUUCGGACUCGGAAUUUUGGAGCCAAAACCCAACGAGAAGUCCUCGCGCCGAAUAGAAUACACGUGUAUACACUUCAACUCCCGUGUAUACAAAAUUCUCUCAAUUCAGAGGCAGUUCCGUGAGAUGGAAUAAAUCCCUAAUCUCCCAACCGUCGGAUUUCGAAAUCCGGUCUUCCAAGAAUUUAGGUUUUUCCUUUUCUUUUCUCUUUCGUCUUCUUUUUGAAUUCUGUCUCCUGACUGGAGAGUGGAAUUAGGGUUUACAUUCUUUACAUAUCCGAAGAUGAUUACGAAGCGGAACCUGAAAUUGGGAAUGCGGGAUCUGAAGCGACGCAAGCUCGAAGAAUCCGAAGAUGAAAAUCCGAAGAAUCUGAAGAGACAGAAGGCGGCGUAUUCGUUCUGCCACGCGCUCGAUCUGCUCAGUGAUGCUGCGGCACGUGGAAUUCCGCUCCCCUCUGCCGGAUCGUUGGGGCAGGGAGUCGGCGGCGAGGAUGGCGAGGAUUUCAGCAGUGCGGCGGCUUCGUGGUGCACCGAAGCGUCGAACUGCUCCGUUGAGGUGGAGUCCGAUUCGAAGCGGUCUCCGCAUCCGCUUCUUGUGAAGACGGCACGGGGGCGGGUUCAGGUACUCCCUUCUCGAUUAAGAGAUUCCGUCAUUGAUCCUUGGAAGAAGGAGAAGUCAAAUUCGAAAGCCAUGAACCCUGUUUCUGAUUCCGAAAAUGCCGAUGGAGAAUUUGGAGAGGAGAAAUUCAGCUGCAAGAAACCGAAAAUUGAUACCCAUAGUGGUAGAAAUCAGGUCAAUGAGGAGAAAUUCAGUUGCAAAAGCCCUAAUUUCACUGCACAGCUCGAGAGAGAAGGAGAAGGAGAAGAAGAAGAGGGUUUCAAGAGAAUUUCGACUUCACGUAGUUCGCUCACAUCCAUUAACAAGUGUUCGGCGGAUGUAGAGGAGAAAUCUCGGCCAUUGGGAGGAGCCAAUGAUUCUCGGAAGGGUACUGGCUUGGUGGCUGUAGAAAGAUUACCAGAGGAAGCGGUUGAGAGGAGAAAGGAUUUCUAUAGGCCGGAAGAGUUUGUUUUGGGUGACAUUGUGUGGGCGAAAUGUGGGAAAAGGUAUCCAGCAUGGCCUGCCGUUGUGAUUGAUCCCAUCUUGCAGGCUCCUGAAACGGUUCUGAAUUCCUGCGUAGCUGGAGCUAUUUGUGUCAUGUUCUUUGGACACUCCGGAAAUGGAAAAGAAAGGCAUGUAAGAAGGAUGAAAAAUAGACUGGAACAACCCUGUAAGAGCUGCGGUUUGCCUCUGCAAGUUAAAAGUUCAAAGAAGACAAAGAGAUCUGUUCCAGAAAGCCCAUUACUAUGUAAACAUUGCACCAAGUUGUUAAAAUCUAAACAAUUUUGUGGCAUAUGCAAGAAGAUUUGGCAUCACUCUGAUGGGGGGAAUUGGGUGCGCUGUGAUGGAUGUAAAUUUUGGGUUCACGCAGAGUGUGACAAGAUUAGCAACAAAGUCUUCAUGAAUAUGGAGAACAUUGAUUAUUUCUGCCCCGAUUGCAAGGCGAAGUUUAAUUUUGAACUAUCAGACACUGAAAAGAGGCAGCCACAAAUUAAAUCUAAUAACAACAAUGGGCCAUUUGUGCUACCCAACGAGAUAACUGUUGUGUGUUUUGGUGUGGAAGGCACAUACUUUCCGAGUCUCCACUUAGUUGUAUGUCGGUGUGGUUCUUGCCGGGCAGAGAAAAGGACACUCAGUGAUUGGGAGCGGCACACGGGUUCCAAAUGGAAAAAUUGGAAGGUUACUGUUAAAGUGAAAAGUUCAAUGCAACCACUGCAGCAAUGGAUUUCAAAAUAUGGUGUGGAUGGUCUUGUUUCGAUAAGUAUUGUUAAGCUAAAGCUACGGAAGCAGAAGCUGCUUGCUUUCUUGCAAGAGAAAUAUGAUCCAGUUUAUGCUAAGUGGACAACAGAACGAUGCGCGAUAUGCAGAUGGGUUGAAGAUUGGGAUUACAAUAAAAUUAUCAUCUGCAACAGAUGUCAAAUAGCUGUUCACCAGGAAUGCUAUGGAGCAAGAAGCACACGUGAUUACACUUCUUGGGUUUGCAGAGCAUGUGAAACACCUGAUGUCCAGCAGGACUGUUGUCUUUGUCCUGUCAAAGGGGGUGCUUUGAAGCCAUCUGAUGUUGAAACAUUGUGGGUUCAUGUCACGUGUGCUUGGUUUCAACCUGAAGUUUCCUUCUUGAGUGACGAAAAGAUGGAGCCUGCAGUUGGAAUUUUGAAAAUUCCCUCAAACUCUUUUGUAAAGGUUUGUGUUAUCUGUAAGCAGAUGCAUGGUUCCUGCACACAAUGCUGCAAGUGUUCUACUUAUUAUCAUGCAAUGUGUGCAUCAAGGGCUGGAUACCACAUGGAGACAGUUGGAUUUUAUGCUAUACUUGUCAAAUGGCAGUUGCAAUGCUCGGAGAAAAAUGGGAGACAGAUUAUAAAGAUGGUUUCAUAUUGCUCUUAUCACAUGGCUCCAAAUCCAGAUAAUAUUUUAGUUAUAAAAACCCCUGAGGGGGUAUACUCUGCCAGAAGUUUGCUCCAAAGUAAGGACAAGCGGACUGGUUCAAGGUUGGUUUCGACCAACAGAACAGAGGUUCCAUGGGAUUCAAUCAUAGAAACUGAUCAGCUUGAGUCAUCCUCUGCUGCAAGGUGCCAGACCUUUCAAAAAUACAAAAAUAAGAAAAUGGGAGGAGAGGCGAUUGCACAUAUGGUUGCAGGUUCUUCUCAUCAUUCUUCAGAUGAAAUUGAAUGUUUGAAUUCAUUCAGGGAAUGCCAGGAAGAAAAGGAUCCUAGAUUUUUUUAUACAUACAAGGAACGCCUUCGAUUCUUACAGUUAACUGAACUAAGGCGGGUUUGCGUCGGUAGAUCUGGAAUACAUGGAUGGGGCCUCUUCGCUCGUAGGGCCAUUCAAGAAGGAGAGAUGGUUGUUGAGUAUCGUGGUGAACAGGUUAGGCGCAGUGUUGCUGAUCUGAGAGAGGCACGUUACCGGUUGGAAGGCAAAGAUUGCUAUCUGUUUAAGAUCAGUGAAGAGGUAGUGAUUGAUGCUACAGAUAAGGGGAACAUCGCACGCUUAAUCAACCACUCUUGCAUGCCUAACUGCUAUGCACGGAUCAUGAGCGUGGGUGGUGAAGAGAGCAGGAUUGUGCUUAUUGCUAAGACAAAUGUUUCUGCUGGUGAUGAGCUAACGUAUGACUACUUAUUUGAUCCUGACGAAUCUGAUGACUACAAAGUUCCCUGCCUCUGUAAAUCUCCAAACUGCAGGAAAUUCAUGAAUUAGGUCUUUGUAAAUUGCCAUAUUUUCCAUAGUAUGUGGCUAUUCUUAUAUCUUGUGAAAUUUGCUGUUUUUCACUGAGUUCAUGAUUUCUUUCACUAUGUGCUAAAGAAAGCACGGGAAUGCAGACAGCCCUGGUGGUGGCAAUCAUGUAAAAUUUUUUUGUUUUUUGUUUUUAUUUGUUUUUGUUUUGGCAAUCAUGUAAAUUGUAUGUGAGCAUGAACGACUAGCCUCAAACACAGAUUUUAAUUUAAUUCAAAGCCAUAUACAUAUGGAAAACCCAUC